GACGUCACAGUCCCAAAGGCUGUACGGGGCGGGAGCGCUGCUGGGGCGGCGGUGGGCGGCGAGUCAGGUGGGGCUGGCAGGCGGCGGGGGUAUAAGGGAGAUGAAGGGCCGGGAACCAAUAUGUCUGCUGUCAGGGCCACUCGGCACUACAAUCAGGGCGCGCUCUCUCAUUGGUGGGCGGGUCGGCCCUCCAGCACCCUCAGCAAGUGCACCAGUCGGGCGAGAAAUAGAUUCAGCGGUAUACAUCACCGCCAUUAGGAGCACUGUCAAUUCCAGGGGAGCGGGACCCCGUGGCCGAGUCAGAAUUUCAAUUUUUAGCCCGUGAGCGUCAGUCUUUGGUGACAGAGGACAAAAAGUGGAGGUUGAGGGCCAGCAUGGCGGAGGCGCUGGUCGGGUCGGCGGCGCCAGUACCUCGCCAGGUCGCCUGUGGUCAGGUCACGGUCCCCCCGCAGGUCACGCCGCCCUACGCCGAGUUCUUCACGUCGUUGCCCCAGAGUCAUACGCCACCCGCACCCUACGCCCACGCCUAUCCGCACCACGCCCAGCCGCAGCAGCAGCAGCAGCAGCAACAGCAGGGGGUGCGAGGCGAGCUGAAUAACGCGAGUCCGCCGCUGACGGCCGGCACCUGCCUGACCCACCUGGGCCAGGUGGUGAACCAGGUGGUAGGCGGCCCUCCCGUACAGGUGGGGGACUACGGCGCGCCCUACCCCGGGGGUGUGGCCGGUCAGGCGGGCGGGGGCUGCGUCACCACCAGCGGCACCACCACCCUCAGCAGCACCAGCACCAGCAGGACCAACGGCGUCAGCAGGCCGGGCAGCAUGCAGCAGCAGCAGCAGCAGCAGCAGCAGCAGGCCUACUGUGAGGAGGAGGAGCUGCCAUCGUGUGCCUUCGCCCACCCACACCUGCACGGCCUGCCCUUCCUCGUACACGGCGAGGAGGGGGAGGAGGAGUACUACCCGACGGGCUCCCCUUACCGGGUCCAGCGCCACGCCGCCAACAUCCGGGAGAGGAAGAGAAUGCUCAGCAGUAUCAACUCAGCCUUCGAGGAGCUGAGAACACACGUCCCCACCUUCCCCUACGAGAAGAGGCUCAGCAAGAUCGACACGCUGCGCCUCGCCAUCGCCUACAUCGCCUUGCUGCGAGAACUACUCACCUCCGACCACGACCCCAUCACCUACAUCGAGAAGGGGCUGCGGGGGGAGCUUCCCUCAGACCAGUGCAACAUAUGGAACACGAGUGAUCUCACCGCCAGACUAUCCUGGAUCAACUGGGAAAACCUUGGCGUGAGUCCAAGUCGACGGUCCAUCUUCUCCUCCAUCUCCAUUAGCAACGACGCCCUCAACAACUGAUCCUUCUGAACACAACAAGGGCCAGGGACACAAAUGACGUCAGAAUGUCGCCUGCAGCCCCUUCACCCCCUCCUACAGGACUUCUUCAGCGUUGGGGAAAGGACGCCGUGAUUGAUAACUGAUUCUUUUAACCAUAACCAAGGCCAGGGACACGAAGAACUCCACAAUGCCUCCCUGUAGCCCCGCCCCUUCACCCUCUCCUACAGGACUUCUUCAGCGUUGGGGAGAGGACGCCAUGAUUGAUAACUGAUCCUUUUGACCAUAACCAAGGCCAGGGACACGAAGGACUCCACAAUGCCUCCCUGUAGCCCCUUCACCCCCUCCUACAGGACUUCUUCAGCGUUGGGGAGAGGACGCCAUGAUCGAUAACUGAUCCUUUUGACCAUAACCAAGGCCAGGGACACGAAGGACUCCACAAUGCCUCCCUGUAGCCCCUUCACCCCCUCCUACAGGACUUCUUCAUCGUUGGAAAGAGAGCCUCAAAAUCGAUAACUGAUCCUUCUGACCAUAACAAAGGCGAAGGACACAAGGACUCCACAAUGUCGCUCAGAACUCCUUCACCUUCUCCUACGGGCAUCCUUUGGCGUUGGAGAGAAAGCAUUAUUAUCGAUAUCUAUUCUUGACGAUCCUUUGGCCCUCUGGAUAAUAGAGUAUCGAAACCUCUGACUCUGCUUUCCUUUGGGCAUCGGAAAAAAAAGACAUCAUAACCGCUAUUCUUUUUUCAAUGUGGAGGAUCAUAAUCGAUACUAUGGCGGCUUGGAGAAGAGUAUCGAAACCACUUCUGUAUCCCUUCCAGCACUAGAGACAAGAGAAUCAUGCCCUUUGUGUCUUCUAAAGGGAUCAUGCAGCAUCAGUAGAAGAGGAUCAGUAUAGUCAACUCUCAGAACUAGUUUCGAUCAGCUGAUAAAAGUGGAACUGAUGUAUGAGUGGUAAAUAUUAUGUGGAUUUUGUUGUGUUCUGGUCCAUGUACUUUAUGAGAAAACGAGAAAUAAUGCGGAAAAAAAUACUCACGUGUAGAAUGAAAAGAAAACGGUGAAUAUAUUUGUGUUUUUAGAUGAGUUACGUGGUAUUCAACAGAUAUGUGGCGGGGAUAACAGUGUGCGAUCGAGGAACUAAAGAAAUAUUGAAAGAAAUUUAGCAAAGAUAUUUUCAGUUUGCUAACAUUAAACCAACGAGUGACGACGAUAGUUAUACGAUGCUUUGUGAGUGUAUACAGAUAAAUAUGAUGAAGAUUGUAGAGUGAUAGACAGAACACUAUCAGGUGACUCAGGAGAUAUAAGCGGGUGGCGAAGAUGAGUGUUCCACGAUAUUUUAUGAGCGGGAAAACAAUAAUGAAAACAAUACAGACACAAAGACAUCUAUAGUGCUAAGCGAACAGUCUGAUACUCUUAAUAAUAACUAAAUAUAAUUCGAGUGAGUGGUGAAAGUAUGCAUAGCGCCGGGUGAAUAUACAGAGUGCCAAAUAUCAUACAGUGCCAAAUAGUUAUAUAAACGCCUGAUAUUCUUAACCGCAAAUUUCAUACAAAGGAGUGAUUAAUGUAAGAUCAACGUGUGCCAAAUGUCUUAGAGUGUCAAAUAUCAUAGACUACAAAAUAUCAAAGUGCCAAAUAUUAUACAGCGACAAAAUAUCAUAGUCGAACAUCACUGUGUUAAAAAUCAGUUUCAAAUAUUAUACAGUGCCAAUUAUCAGAGUCAAAUAUCAAAGACUGUCAAAUAAUAUACAGUGUCAAAUAUCACGGAGCCACAGAUCGUACAGUGCCAAAUAUCAUAAAGAGCUGGAUAUCAUACGGUGCCAAAUAUUAUAGUGCCAAACAUCCCGCAGUGCCAAAUAUCAUAUCAGUGCCAAAUAUUAUACAGUGCCAAAUAUCAUAAGGAGCUGGAUAUCAUACGGUGCCAAAUAUUAUAGUGUCAAACAUCCCGCAGUGCCAAAUAUCAUAUCAGUGCCAAAUAUUAUACAGUGCCAAAUAUCAUAAAGAGCUGGAUAUCAUACGGUGCCAAAUAUUAUAGUGUCAAACAUCACAAGUGCCAAAUAUCAUAUCAGUGCCAAAUAUUAUACAGUGCCAAAUAUGAUGAUUCCUUCUGAUCUGACGUGAUUUUUUAAUUGUGCGAUAAAAAAAUUAUGUUGAAAGCGGCUUAGUGGCGGUUCUGCAAUAGUGAUGGGUGUCGAAAAUAAUGAUGAUGAUGUGUGAUAUUUUAAGGAUAUUGUUUUGAGACUGUUUUUUUAAUUAUUUUCAGUGAGAGGAGACAAACCAAGACCAUGUGGAAAAAAAAAUCCCGCUACGUGACGCUCCUAAAAUAUUUAAAUGUUCCAAAAGAGAUUCAGGUGAGAUAUUAAGGAGUGCCUGAAGAAAAUAGUGAAAAGAAAAACAGCUGCGUCAUACUGAUUGUGUUAAAAAUAAUAAAUAGUGAAAUUGAUAUCGAAGAAAAUAAUGAAAAGAAAAACAGUUACGUCAUAUUAAUAGUGUAAAAAAUAAAAUGGUGAAAUUGAUAUCGGAAAAAAUAAUGAAAAGAAAAACAGUUGCGUCAUAUUAAUAGUGUAAAACAUAAUAAAUGGUAAUAUUGAUAUCGUAAAGUCAAAAUUGAUAUCGUAAAGUCAAAAUUGAUAUCGUAAAGUCAAACUAUUAAUACCUGGGAGAGUUGUGCGUGAUGUUAACAGUGCCAUUGAUAAACGGGGAACAAUUAAUGCCUCAAGAUAUCGUACUUCAAGACAGUGUGCGUGAUAUUAACGGUGAUAUUAACCCGUCCGCUGCGAUUGGCACGGAUUCGACUUUCACUGGUAGCCUGGUAUAACAUAAUAGUCCCAGGUCCUUUUCUGUCUCUGUGGUGGAUAGUGGAGUGUUUCUCGUGUGGUAUUGGUGUGCUGGAUAUCCUCUCCCAUGGUGCAGGACUUUAUAUUUUUCCUCAUUGAAUUGUAGCAGCCACUUUUUGUUCCAUUCCUGUAGCUUGGUGAUGUCUUCUUGUAGGAAAUCCACGGUCAAGGGGUUAAAAACGUGAGCAUAAGAGGUUUGCAUAAGAGGUGUAGUGGUUAGCGGCCUUUUUUGUUUUUCAUACUUUUUUGCCCUUGAGCUGCUUCCUUUACUGUGAAAAAAACGUAAGGAACAAAUGUAAGGAAAGGAGAAGAGAGAAAACAAGAAAUGAGAGCAAAUUAAGGAGAAAGGAAGAAAAAGAAAAGAUAGAAGGAAAGAAAGGAGAAAGAAAGAAGGAAAGAGAGCAGGGUAAGAAGAUAAAAUAAAGAAAUGGUGAACAAAUCUUACACGAUAUCAGUUCUUCAGGAUAUUUUUGCGUAAUAUCAUCAGUGGUAUUAAUAAGAAUUGAUGAACACGAAAACAUCAAGAGCCUGCAAGAACUGGUGAACAAAUCUUACACGAUAUCAGUUCUUCAGGAUAUUUUUGCGUAAUAUCAUCAGUGGUACGCGAAUCUCAUCCUGAUAUAUCGUAACCAAUUUCUAUAAACUUGUGUAUUAAUAGCACCUCAGCACAAAGUAAUCAAGAUCGUGUAUUGCUGAAUAAUUCUGAAGCGGCAAAGUUACAUUAAGAGGAAGAUUGUCGUGUUGGUAUUUUCCUCACCUCGGCACAAAGCAACCAAGAUCGUGUAUUGCUAAACCAUUCUGAAGCGGCAAAGUUACAUUAAGGGAGAGAUUGUUGUAUCUAUAAACCGUAUGCUCAUCUCAGCACGAAGCAACCAAGAUCGUGUAUUGCUAAACUAUUCCGAAGCGGCAAAGUCACAUUAAGGGAGAGAUUGUUGUAUCUAUAAACCGUAUGCUCAUCUCGGCACGAAGCAACCAAGAUUGUGUAUUGCUAAACCAUUCUGAAGCGGCAAAGUUACAUUAAGGGAGAGACUGUCGUGUCAAUAAACCGUAUGCUCAUCUCAGCACGAAGCAACCAAGAUCUUGUAUUGCUAAACUAUUCCGAAGCGGCAAAGUUACAUUAAGAGACAGAUCGUCGCGUUGGUAUUUUCCUUAUCUCAGCACAAACAAAUAAAAACAUGCCGCGCUAAGCCAUUCUGAAGCGGCAAAGCGACAUGAAGGGAAAGAAUAUCGUAUUAGUAUUUUCCAGGCGGCAAAGAUACAUUAAAAGGAAGAUUGUCAUGUUGGUAUUCUCUUUAUCUCAGAACGAAGCAAAUAUAAUAAAAAACAUGACGUGCCGAGCUAUUCUGAAGCGGCAAAGCGACCUGAAGGGGAAGAAUAUUGUGUUAGUAUCUUCCAAGCGGCAGAGUUACAUUAGAGGAAGAUUGUAGCGUUAGUAAUUUCCUUAUUAAUAGUCUCUCAGCACAAGGAGACUAAAAUGGUGUAGUGCUGAACCAUUCUAAAGACCCUAAGUUACAUGAAGGGAAAAUAUAAGUUAGUAUUUCCCAAGCAAAGCUAUAUUAAGAGGAUGAAUGUGAUGUUAGUGUUUCCUUAUUCAUAGUUCCUCAGGACAAAGAAACUUAAACAGUGUAGUGUAAGGCCAUUCUGAAGCGGCAAAGACUGUAGUGUUAGUAUUUCUCAAGCGGCAAAGCUAUAUUAAGAGGAUGAAUGUGAUGUUAGUGUUUCCUUAUUUAUAGUUUCUCAGGACAAAGAAACUUAAACGGUGUAGUGCUAACCCAUUCUGAAGCGGCAAAGACUGUAGUGUUAGUAUUUCUCAAGCGGCAAAGCUAUAUUAAGAGGAUGAAUGUGAUGUUAGUGUUUCCUUAUGUAUAGUUUCUCAGGACAAAGAAACUAAAACGGUGUUGUGCUAAGCCAUUCUGAAGCGGCACAGUUACAUAGAGAGAAAGACUGUAGUGUUAGUAUUUUCCAGGCGGCAAAGCUAUAUUAAGAGGAUGAAUGUGAUGUUAGUGUUUCCUUAGUUAUAGUUUCUCAGGACAAAGAGGGCCACUUCCACAGUUCGCCAUGAUGGGUUAGUACGCCUUCAAACCAAUACCAAAGACUUCGAAAAUUCCUUGCGUAGUGUUUCGCGUUCAUGUUUAAGUUAGGAAAUUUGAGAAAACCAUAAGGGAAAUCUCUUGUGUAUUUGGUGUCGCAUCGAAAACCUAACCAUAACGAAGUGUAGAAGAUUGCAUAGUUUGGUUAGGGCGAUUACAAAACCACUGUGUUGGACUGUGGGAUUGGCUCCAAGACGGUGUAGAGAUGAACCCAAAAUUUGACCCGGCAAAGCAACAAGAAGAGAAAGAACGUACUUUGAGUAUUCAGAAGAGAGUGGAGAACGAACCCAAGAAACGGAGACCCUUACAAAGUCCACUGAGUCUAAGGCUGGAGCUCAAGGGAAAGGGUUAAGGCUACUUAGAGAAUAACCAUCACACAAAGCUCCAGUCUACGUCUUCUAAGGCCCUUCAAGGCUUCCACAGGGCAUGGGUAAAGGUGACCUGUGUGUGUAUAUAUCAGUGGUGUCUCACGGACCGGUGUGUGUGUGUGUGUAUAUAUAUAAUGGUGAGACUCUACCUGUAUUUACCUAGUUGUAUUUACCUAGUCGAAGUUUUACAGGGCCUGGGCUUACGCUCGUGUGGUCCCGUCUCCGUAUCUGUAUUUGUCCAAUUUUUUAUGUCCAACUUUGUGUAUGUAUCCCUUUUCCUGUAUACUCAUUCACCUGUAUACUCCUUUACUUUUAUGUAUAUCAAUUUACUGUAUACUCAAUCAUAUAACCUACCUGUGUAUGUAUUAGUUUCCCUGUAUACUUUUUUUACCUGCAAACUCUUCUACCUUUGUAUAUAUCAAUUUACCUGUAUACUCAAUUAAUUGUAUUCUCUACCUCUGUAUGUAUCACUUUUUCUUUUAUAUUAAUUUACCUGCAUACUCCUCUACCUUUCCAUGUAUCAUUUUACCUGUUUCCUCACUCAGUUAUUGACUCUACCUCUGUAUGUAUCACUGUUCCUUUAUAUUAAUUUACCUGCACACUCCUCUACCUUUCCAUGUAUCAUUUUACCUGUUUCCUCACUCAAUUAUAUAUUCUACCUAUGUAUGUAUCACUUUUCGUGUAUAUUCAUUUACCUGUAUAUUUCACUAUCUUUAUUUGUAUCACUUUACAAGUAUACUCAAAUAAUUGUAGUAUCCACCUGUGUAUGUAUUAAUUUGUUUGGAUACUUAUUUCACUGACCCUUCCUCUAUGUGUUGAUGUAUCCGUUUACAUUUACACUCACUUAUAUGUAUCCUCCUCUGUUUGUGUAUGCAUAAAUUUACCUGUAUACUGACUUAUCCAUAUUUUCCUUUAUUGGUGUAUGUAUUAAUUCACCUGUAUACUCAUUUACCUUUGUACCAGUUACCUGUAUACUCCAUGAUGCUCUUUGUACUUAACGCUAGUCACGUGAUGUAUAGUCCCUCGAUGCCAAAGAGUACGUGUAUGUGUGUAGCGUAUCGUGUGUGGCGUGUGGGCGGGUAGGGGAAGCCUGGGUGAACGGAGUAAUCAGUUAAAAGACAAUGAUAUUAAUUAAUUUUCUUCGGUUCGAGUUUGUAAAUUGUUGACUCUUGAUACACUUUUAUUUACUUGUCCUCUCGUUUGUGCAUUAUUUUCAUGUAUUUGUCUUCCACAGCUCUGCUUCAACAAUAUGGUCAUUGGUUUUCACGUGUUCUUUUUAUGUAUUCUACUGGUCAGGAGAGAAUUAGUUGAUGUACAAAGAACAGAAUCACUUGUUUUCAGAGGUCUCAUGUAUCACUGUGUAUAAACCGAUCAGUAUGUUUAUUUGUUGUGUAGACAUAAUUAAAACGUAUCUACUAGAUGCAGGAUAGAAAGAUAUAUAAGAAAUAAUUAAAAUGUAACAAAAUUAUCUU